AUCAACAUGGCACCCUCCGCAGUCCACCAUGGUCCAUUGUCAUCGUCAGACGCCUUGAUUAGCAAAGCGAAACGCCAAACUCCUCAAGCACUGUGUCACGUCGGCCUCGGCAAGAUUCCAGAGCACUACCACCCCAUGAUCGACUGGUACUGUGCCGUGCUGAACGCGCACAUCACGCACCAGGACAACGUACUGGCAUUCCUGAGGUAUGACGCGGAACACCAUAGAAGUGCAAUCGUCAAACGAGACAACCUGGCUUCGAAACCAAAGGGCGUCAUGUGCCAUUAUCUGUCCCUCAAGGCCGACAAGAUGCUGCCCCUGUUGAUGGUUGCCCAUGGUCCGACCACGAGGAUGCACCACCGUGACCAAGACGGAAAUAAGGUCGAGCUUCAUGUGGACAACUUUGACGAUCCGUUUGAAGCCUGCGCACGGCUAAAAUCUCAUGGUCUGAGGUGA